AACAGGAUGGAGUUCAAAGGUUGUCUUUGUCUUGUCUUCUUGCUAUCGUUCGCUCUCGUUAGCUCAGCUCGAAUCAUGUCCGAUUCAGUUUCAGGAAAACAAGCAACCAAGAUUGUGAUAAACGACUAUUCUGAUCCUGGUAAAAAUCCUACUCUUAGUCCAGUGGUGCCGAAGCAAUUUCCUCCUCCACCACCGGAUUUUGAACCUUUUGCGAUAAACGACUAUUCCGAUCCCGGUAAAAACCCUACUCUUAGUCCAGUGGUGCCGAAGCAAUUUCCUCCUCCACCACCGGAUUUUGAAGCUUUUGUGAUAAACGACUAUUCUGAUCCCGGUAAAAACCCUACUCUUAGUCCAGUGGUGCCGAAGCAAUUUCCUCCACCACCACCGGAUUUUAAAGCUUUUGUGAUAAACGACUAUUCCGAUCCCGGUAAAAAUCCAACUCUUAGUCCAGUGGUGCCGAAACAAUUUCCUCCACCACCACCAGAUUUUAAAGCUUUUGUGAUAAACGACUAUUCCGAUCCCGGUAAAAACCCUACUCUUAGUCCAGUGGUGCCCAAGCAAUUUCCUCCACCACCACCUGAUUUUAAAGCUUUCGUUGUUGCCAAUGACCACAUUAGUACAGAGCCCUAAACAAAUCCGUUUGUCGAAGUGAAACAUGUCAGCAAGAAAACUUAAAUAAAG